UGUGUUUUUUUAGCAAAUACUUCCAAGUUAAAUGACUGACCGACCGAUGCAGUGAUUGCGUGUUUGUCGUCGUCUGCAUACUCGAGUAAACGCUUAAAUAACUGUUCAGCUUCACCAAUAAAUUGAUAUAUUAAACUUGUUGCGGAAUGUCAAGCGCUGACACUCGGAAUGUAGGCCAACAUUGAUUUUCCCGGUGUUAUUAGAAGAGUUUUGGACGUUGAGUGACCAAACUGCUUCAGUAAUAUUAUUGGUUGUCAGGUUCUUGAUGAGACGUUGAGAAGUAUCUUUAAGAAGAAGGCGUUGUCUGCACGUUCGGGUGAGCGCUUCUACAAACCAGUGGUGGCUGUUUGAUCGGGGGCGAGUCCAUGAUGGAUUCAAGACGACAAGACUUUGCUUUGCAUUCCAUCGGAAGUUUGAGCAGCGGAAGCCUUUCAAGCGGUCGGUCAGACCUGGACAACCGUCUCCAUCAGGCAGCAAAGUCUGGAAACUUGUCUGAAAUUGGUCGGCUCUUGAAAGACGAAGAAGACGGUGGUAAAGAUAGACUGAACGAACCUGAUAAGAAAGACCGCACACCCCUCCAUCACGCCUCUCAAGCGGGACAUGUCAAUGUCGUUAAAUAUUUGAUCGAAAAUGGCGCAGAUAUCAACGCUGAGGGCGAUAAUAAACGUCUGGCCAUACACUUUGCGGCCAUGACCAAACCAGGAAAAGCUAGCAAAAUAGAGGAAUCAAGUGUGAUACUGUACCUACUCUCACAGGAAGUCGACGUGAACGCCCGGGACACUUUCGGCCUGACUCCCCUCCACAUCGCCGCUAUGAGGGGCAACAAACCAGCGGUCUUCAACCUUCUCUCGGCUGAUGAUAUCAAUAUAAAUGAGAAGGAUAAAAACGACAUGACGCCCCUCCAUGUAGCCUGUCUCCAUGGCAACGAUGACAUUGCUGCGAUGUUGGUUGGGGUCGGAGCAGAGGUCCAGUCUCAAGAUUCGACCUUCUCAACGCCUUUACACGCAGCAUGCCAGGGAGGACAUAAGAAGAUUGUUAAAAGACUACUCGAUGUUUGCAAGAAGAAGAGUAUUCUGCAUACUAUGUUGACAUCAUGUGAUUCCCAGAACUACACCCCACUCCAUCUCGUGGUCGAGGGCGGCUUUUGCGAGAUUGUCGACCUCGUACUCAAUUACGGAUCAGAUAAGGAGAGCCAGCUAGACCUGUUGAAUUUAGAGGGGUCCAACCUGGAUACGCCCCUCCACACGGCGUGCGCAGGGGGGCACCUCCACAUCACCAAGCUCCUGGUGGAGAGGGGCGCCACGGUAGAGAGCGUCAACUGGGACAUGUCUACCCCCCUUCAUCACGCAUGCGCAAACGAUCACUCGGAGGUGGUCAAGUACUUGCUUGAAAAAGGAGCCGAUACUUCUGUACGGGACGAGCUCCAUUUCACCCCGCUCCUUACGGCAGCUGACGGGGGUAACAUCGACACGCUCAGGGUCCUCCUGGAGGAGGGAGCCGAGACGGGGAACCUCGGUGAGCUGGAGCUCUUUCAUUGGACCGUCAAGGAGAAUAAACCCGAUGUUCUCAAGCUUCUUUUAGCUCAUCGAUCCGGCGUGCAUGUCAUCGUAACUGAUGAUGAGAUUGCUAAACUUAUUUUACCAGCCGCUACCAAUGGUUGUACAGGGAUUGUAUCUGAGCUGAUUCGAUGGAAGAAAGAAACGAUUAAUCGUAAGGAUGAACUGAACAACACACCCUUACACCUAGCCGCUGCAUCGGGCUUCGACAUGACCGUUCAGGAGCUGGUGAAGGCCAAAGGAAACGUACAGGCGAGAAACUCCCAUGGACAGAUGCCCCUUCAUUUGGCGGCGUCGAACGGCUGGAGUCGGACAGCGGAGGUCCUGUUGAAAGCGAAGAGUAUCGUUGACCCGGUGGAUGGAAAGGGGAACACACCCCUUCAUCUCGCCGCCAUCAACGGCCAACUCAAGACCAUAAAGCUACUCUCUUCACGUGACGCUGACGUCACAAUCAAAGACUGGGAGUGCAUGAACUGUUUAGAUCACGCGAUAAAGCAUGGCCAUGAAUCGGUCGCCAUGUUGAUUUUGAACCAUGACGAGUGGUGGAAAGUUUUGUGUUCUGCAAGGACUGAAGAUUUCACAACACCCAUGAGAGAACUCAUUAGGAAAAUGCCAGGCGUAGCUGAGAAGGUACUUGAUAAAUGCGUGACCGUGGUCAAUGACCAGUGUUCGUCUAGCUACGAGGAGAUCGAAUUCAACUACGAACUCAUCGAUGACGCAUUUGCAGAAUGGAUGCAUCAACCACCAGCACAGACUGAUUCACCGAGCCCCAUCCAGAACAAACCCAAACCUUUCACAGGUGAUGGAGUCCUCAGACACGGAGCUGUACCUUAUACCAAGGUCUCUAACAUCUUGACAGACAAUCAUCCAUUACUUAUUAUGGUAUCGUCACAGAGGGAGAAACUACUCGCCCAUCCUCUGGUUUCGAGUCUCCUCGAUCACAAGUGGAGUACAGUCGGGAGGAAACUCUACUCUGUCUCGCUCGCCCUCUACAUGCUCUUUCUCACCGCUCUCACGGGAUACAUAGUCGUCACACCGCCAAGGUACUACAUCAAGAACGCCACUUUAACGGAGAAUGGUGAGAGUUUGGUUGAGUGGUACGUGGACGGAGCAGAGCAUUGGACGGAUAGAUUCAGUAUCCUCACUCUAUUUCUCUUCGGUGAGAUCGGGCCGUGGAUUAUCCUAGGUCUAUCGGGGAUAAAUUUGCUUAGAGAGGUGUGUCAGGUUCUUUGGCAGCGACAGUCCUACCUGAACUGGGGGAACUUCUUGGAGGUAUCCCUGUACCUGCUUGCUAUCUUACUUGUCCUACCAGUGAGUGGGGUGUACUACAACGAAAACAUCAUGGUUCGGGAGGCAUGGCAGUGGCAGUGUGGAGCUGUAGCCAUCUUCGUAGCAUGGCUUAACUUUAUUUUGUUCACGAGAAGAUUUUCAACUUUGGGGAUCUACGUUAUCAUGUUUACAUAUAUAUUGCGGACAUUUCUGAAGAUCGUCAUUCUACUACUAUUAUUUCUCGUUGCCUUUGCCUUGGCUUUCUACGCUUUACUCAUGAAUCAGAAUAGUUUUCAUCAACUGGAGUACUGCUUGAUGAAGGUUUUCACAAUGCUCCUGGGAGAGUUCAACUAUGAUGAUAUAUUUCAUGGUCAAGAUUAUCUCGGUACUUCCAAUACACUGGAGGGGGAUGGAGAAAAGGCUUUCUUUUUAAACAGUGUGUUUCACCCCGAGCUGACGGCUAUCAUGUUCACCGUUAUGCUGGCAGUCAUGCCUAUAUUGUUCGGAAAUCUAUUGGUCGGUUUAGCAGUGGAGGACAUCCAUGGUAUCAGAGAGAAGGCAACUCUUCAUCAAUUAGCUAUGCAGGUGGACCUGGCUAUGGAAGUUCAACGGGCUCUACCGCUCUUCAUUUGGCGUUCUGCGAUUGUGAGUAAGAAGAUGAUCAGUACAAAACCAAGCCGAUUUCAAGGCGUUAUGGGUUACGUCCGCCGGAUGAAUGGGGAAGAUGACUUCUUGGCUAAAGCAAUGCCCAUUGCCAACAAACCUGACAAGGAUGUCAGCAUCGAUUCCAACCUCGCUACCAUGGACAACAUGAACGACCUUCGACAUCGCCUUCGUCUCCUCGAGAAAUCCAUCCUCGAACUCAAACGGGGCGGAUCCCGCCGCUACGACAACACCCGGCGGGGCUCCAGGCGAAUGACCACCAGGAGACGUACCGUACGCGCCCCUCAUGGAGCCACCAGUCCCGGUGGCUCCUGCACGCCCCGGCAUGACGGGGAGGGCUUGAAGCCAGGAGACGGUGGAGAGCAGGAGCUGCUCGGAGUGGAGGUCGUGAAGAUGGAGGAGCAACAGUUUAAGCUAAAGGGACAGCUGGGCAAGAUGGAGAGGAUGCUGAAGACGUUGGUGACGCCCGAACAGCUGGCGGCCGAGUACGACGAUGACGACGACGAUUAGAAGAUGAAUAUUAAAGUGUUUUCCCAAUUAAUUAUUCUGUGAACUGCGAACAACCAUGUCAAUCCUACUACAGGAUAAGUUAGCUUCUGAACACUGUAAUUCCGACAACGGUCUGAUUUUUUGAAUUAAUUUCUUUUCUGGGGACCUAUUGACGAGUUAUUCCAUUAACAUUAUUAUUAAAACAGGGGAAAAGAGGAAUGGGAUACUGAGACAAGAAAGAGAUAAAGAACGCACAUAGUAACUAGAAACAAGAUAGAAAGAAAACAAAAAGAAGUGGGUAAUGGAAUACUGACAAUUAACUGGUGCCUACAGGCCUAAGACGGAUUUUCAUAGUAAUGACGUGUCUGAUUUGCAUCAAGUUUUAUUGAAAUAAAUAGUUGUGUUUCAGUCCAAAAUCA